AGUAAAUGAGACAAUUAAACAAAUGCUUUCAAAAAUUAUUUUAAAGUUUGAUUUAAUUUCUUGAAUCGUUCUUCUAGAUGAUCGCUGUACAAAAUAACAUAAUGAUGCUUACAAUUUUACUGUUUGAAUUUUGGUCAAUUGAAAAUCGUUGGUCGGUAUAUAGAUCAGCUGAUGCUUUCUUUGUUGAGUUCAACCCUUGCCAGAAAAGUUUGUAUCAUAAGUUAUUGCAGAUUAACGUUGUGCAAGUGUAAAUUUCAGGUCAACUAUGAAACUUUUAUUUUUAUAUUUAAUUUUGAAUAUAUUCGGUUUUUUCAAAGGAGCAGCCAGAGAUUGGAUUGAGCGUAAAGACAACGGACCUGUUACACUUGGUACACCAAUCACCUUUACAGUAAAAAUUCACCAUUCAACAGAUACUCCGUCAUAUCAAUUGAGGUUCGAAUUUUGGGACUUUCCAAAUAAAAAUACCAUCAUUUUCUCAACUUCAAAAUUAGUUAAUUAUACAGUGACGUUUCAAUCAUCUCCUAAACGAGGAGCUAUUCGUAUGUUUCAUCUGGUUUCUGUUGAUGUCUGGUAUUGCCCCGACGGUGACCCUUCUCAUAGGAUAGGAUUUUCUCUCUCUUCCUUCGUACUUAUUGAUUCACUAGGUGGAGUGAUAAUACCAACGCAAGAUAUUUCAAAACGCAGUUUACAAAACAAUUUUGUGUCCACUGCAAGUCCGGUUAAGCUCACUGCCUUAAUUCGUCAUCCAACCGGAUUUUUCGACUCAGCCAAUAAAACUUGUAAAUGGGUUGUGAAUGGGUCACCUCAAGAAGAAAGUUAUGACUUUAUUGUCCGUAAUUUCUCUCAGCCUCAACUGAACAACAUUUCAGUUUUAGUUUCGGUCUCAAAAACAAACCCAGUUUUUCAAAAAACUGAAUUAUUUACACUCACAUUGCAUAGCAAAGAUCCAAUUCAAAAUUUAACUACUGAUGUCCAAAACAAUAUUCAACUUUUCAAAGAUGAAACACUUCAGUUAAGCAUAAAAAUUAAUGGAGGAACACCACCGUUUUAUUAUUGCUGGCGAAUCACAAAUUCAACCAAUGCAGGGAGAACUACUAAACCUUUAGGUGAAAGUUUAUUUUGGAUAAGAUAUAACGAGAAAAAAGGCAUGAAAUCUUCGCAUUCAGAUUGUGAGCAGACAGACGAAAGCUCUUUCAGCAUAAAUAGCCAUUUCGAAGAAGCGGGGAAUAAAACUUUGUAUAUUGAUGUUAAUAAUGAUGUCUCAUACUUAACCAAGAUCAUGACCAUUUCAGUUCAUGAGAGAGAGUCAAUCCGUCAACCAGCAACCAAUAAACCUAAAAUACAGUUUUUGUUGCAAGAAAUCGCAAAUAUUUUAAUGAGAAAACAUAUUAUGAGAAAAUACAAACCUGUCAUCUACUCUGAAGAAAACGAAAUUUAUGAUAAAGAAAUAGAAAGUUAUCUUCGAAGUAAAAACGAAAUAGAGUUUAUAAAUGAUAUGCUAACUGAUUUCCAGAACUCAUCAUGGAAAGACUAA